AUGCUCACUAGGAAUCUCGACAUCUCCAACGGUCUAUGCAAUUCCACCAAGCUCGUGGUGUUGCACAUCACCAAUUUCACCUUGCGAGCGAAAAACUUGAAGGAUGGUGUAGAGCAUUUUAUACCACGGAUUACUUUCGGAUUCAUUACCAGGCAGGGCGUUGCUGUGAAGAGAGUCCAAUUCCCUGUUAGACUAUGUUUUGCCAUUACGAUUCACAAAUCUCAGGGUCAAACGUUGGACAAGGUGCUGUUUGAUAACAGAACCGACGUUUUCAUGCAUGGGUGCCUCUACGUCGCCUUGUCACGUGUUCGUGCUGCAAAUGAUAUUCGUAUUUUGGUAGAACCAUGCCGCGUCUCUGCGGAUGGGUUUGCGAGAGUUCUCAAUGUUGUGUACAAAUCGCUACUCAAUAAUGUGUGA